AUGAAAGAGGGACUGAACAGUGCUGCCGCUCCCACCAUUCUUGGCGUAGCUGCUAAUUACUGUGUUCAGCUUAUCGACACCAAGGAUCUGUGUCUGCUUAUGCACCAGCCAAUGCACAAUGUGCUUUUCCUUGUUAGAGGUGAGUACAAUACCCGCAGCACUGGAGUUCACGCCAUCGCGCCCCCAGCCGACCUCGACACUAUCAAAGAAUAUUGUCGCGCCGUUCUCGCCGUGCACGCCGCUGCGCAGGUCGUUCCACCACCCGUUACUGCUCAAGCUCAGGCUCAGGCUGAGAUUGCAGAGGUAAUGGCCGCUGCUAAAGCCAAGCGCGGAUACAUUUUGAAACAGCGUCCCCACAAGCUUGUCAAGUCCAAGGCUGUCAUCGAGGACAAGGACGACGAGGUCGAGAUUGUCCCCGGCCCCUCGGAUACCGACGUUAUGAUGGUGGACAACCUCUUUGGUGACGAAGAAGUCAAGGACGCCGCUUCCUCUCCCAAAGAGAAAGGCAAGAAGCGCGCUGCCUCUGGUCCCAAGACCCCAGCCAAAUCCAAGCGUGCCGAAACGGUCAGCAUUCCCUACGACGCUGUUCCAGGUAUGGACACUAACAGUCGCGAAUUUCACAAGGCCCUCGUCGUCGAGCAUGCCAAAGGCAGUUGCGCCGGCGACAAACGCCCUCGUACUGAACCGCCCUUUAUUAGUGGUUUAGCAGAUCUUCAGUCUCGUCAAAACAAGUCCAAUACUUAUCACUCCCCCACCUAUUCCUACUGGACUCCGGGACUCCAGUAG